ACUCCAUAAAUUAAUUUGUAUGCCUGUGGCAAGGUAAAAUAAAGACCUGUUCGAAGGCUGCAUAAAACAAACAUCAAAUGAUUAAUAGGAAUUGGAAGUCCGAUAUAAACUAAUUCGUAUUUUUAAUAGUGUAUAAUAUGAACGACGCUAGGUGGAGCCUAUAGACAAUCCGAUGACACAAAACGAAGAAGAGAAAGCAUGGCUGGAAAUUUUGAGUAACAGCUCUCUGUCCAGACUGCAAGCACUCAACGGAGUUUUCCCCGUGUUUAAAAAAGAAGGACCUACGUCUGCCGAUGUGCUGAACGCGCUCAAAGAGGCAUUACUGAGAGAGGCGGGGGUCACCAACCCCAAUCCGAGGAAAAGGAAGAGGCAAUGCAUGAAGAUGGGCCAUGGAGGAACCCUGGACAGUGCUGCCAGUGGGGUGUUAGUGGUUGGUGUUGGAAAUGGAACCAAAAUGCUCAGUGCAAUGUUGGCUGGUUCAAAGAAAUAUACUGCAGUGGGUGAACUGGGGAAGGCCACAGACACUCUUGAUGCCACUGGGACUGUGGCCCUGGAGAAACCCUUUGAGCAUGUCACCAGGGCAGACAUGGAGGACAAGCUGAAGAGCUUUGUUGGUGACAUCCUGCAGGUACCCCCACUCUACUCUGCACUGAAGAAGGAUGGGCAGCGUCUGUCUGUACUGCUGAAACAGGGUCAGAAAGUGGAGGCUAAACCUGCUCGAGCAGUAACUGUCUAUAACAUAACCCUGCAAGACUUCAGCCCUCCACUGUUCACUCUUGAUCUUGAGUGUGGAGGUGGAUUUUAUGUCAGAAGCUUGGUGGACGACCUUGGUAAAGCUUUGUCAUCCUGUGCCCAUGUGAAAUCUCUGACCAGGACCAAACAGGGCCCAUUCACAUUGGAGGACGUCCUUCAUGAGGACCAGUGGACAUGACAUAUUCUUAAAGUGCUUCAGUCUUGUCCUGGCACAGAUCAGACAACAGCAGCACAUUCUGAGGUCAACCCUGGCACAGAUCAGGACAACACUCUGCUGAGAACAGUGCUGGCACAGACUAUGGAACAAUGGGGCUAG